CCCUUAAAUAAGUGGGAAAAAAUGGAAUCUUGACAUUUUUGGUUUCUUCCAAAGAGUCUGAAGAAGUAACCAAACUCUUGAGUACCCCUUUUUACCUCCUUCACAACUUCCUGUGGGCGUUUUAGACUUUCUCCGUACCAGAAGAAAACCCAUCCUUGAGAUGAGAGUAAAAUGAGCAUUUGUGUUGUGACUGAGAUUGUCAUGUGAAAAGGCCCAUAAAUUAAUUUUUAAUUUGUUUAUGUCAUUUUCUGUUUCAGUUUUUCCUGUUUUGAGAGAGUUAUUACAAAAGCCCAUGUCAUGUAUAUCUCUCAGGACUUUGUCCUUUUCCCCUCUGCUGCUGCUGCUGCUGGUGCAAGAGACUCGUUCACUCAGUCCUUGAUAUCUGUAAUUUGCUUUGGAAGUUGGCAGUAGUUUCUGGGCUUUUCACACCAAUUCUGCAGCCUAUUUCCUCUUUUUGGUCUGGUUCUUGUGGGGGCUGUCUGUUCACAGUUCCAGUUUAAGAUAAAACUGAGAAUUGAAAGCUUGUUUCUUUUUGGAGGCAUUUCACCAAAGAUAUCUCCAUCCCUCUUUCUGCUCUAGGUCUCUAUCAGCCAUGGCAGAUUUCCAUGGUGGCUUCAGUAGCAGCGGCGGAAUGGCGGCAUUGGACACUGAGGAUUUUCAAGAAGAGGAGGUGUGGGCUGUGAUGAAGGCAAGAGAAGGCUCCAACUCAAGUUCAAAGACAAGGAAAAAGCUCUCUGGUUCAUCAUCUGCAUGGCGUUUCACCUCUACCUCAAGAACCAUUCCAAGAGCCAACUCCGCCGGCGGUCAGGAGUUCUCUGCCAAUGCAUUUCUGGCGCCUCACCAGUCAUCAGCACCUAUGAGCAUUCCCGACUGGUCCAAGAUUUUGAAGAAGCAGCCGAACAGGAACUUGUGGGAUGACGCAUGUGAUGCACAUGACGAUGAUGUUGGGAGGAAACUUCACCAUGUUAAAGCGAAUGAUGUAGAGAGCGAUGACGAUGACAUGGUCCCACCCCAUGAAUAUCUGGCGAGAAGGCUUGCAAGUACUCAGAUUGCUUCAUUCUCAAUGUGUGAGGGAGUUGGAAGAACUCUCAAAGGAAGAGACCUCAGCAACUUGAGGAACGCCAUUUUAACCAAAACUGGUUUUCUUGAAUAAACAUAAAGAGAACACCCCAUCAUCAUCAUCAUCAACCACCAUGUCAUGUAUGGCACCAUCAUAGUACAGGAUCAACCAUAGAUCACUGUUAUUGCAUGAUGGAUCUUCAUGAUCAUUCAGCAGUAGCAGCUGAUGAAAAAAGUGUCCCAAGAUUUGAUAUGGUUGAUGGUCUUUAUUUAAAUUAAAAAAUUAUACAUAUAUAUUGUAGUGGGGGGGGGGGAUGUAUGGUACGUUUGUUGUACUAAAAUGGAGGGGGAUGGAGGCAGAGCACAAUCUUUAGUUGUCAGAGUUGGCCUUUUUGGGGGUUUUCUUAGGUAGUACUACUACUACUACUCAUGUAGUGUAGUGUAGUGUAUUAAUAAAGAAAUGAUGAAUGGCAGGCUGGCUCUGAGAUUUUGUAUGCAA